CUCCCUACAUAGGCGCACUACAUAGUGUAGGACAUAAUGGACUAUACGCUACAGUUGUGUAGUUGACUUUUCUCAGUAGAGAGGUAUUUGGGAUUCGCCCAAUGGUCCCUGGAAAACCACUAUAAGUUAAAUUAUAGCUAGAUGACAGAGAAACAUGGCUUUAAUAGUAAAAGAAACACAAAGUAUUAAAGAGGCAGUAAAUUACAUCAAUACUAUUGAUGCGAAUAAACUGUCCAGACUUCUCUCACGUAUUCUGCAGAAACUUCAUCUCAAGGGUGAGCGCUCCUUCAGUGAAGAUGAGGAGCAGAAAUUACAAGCUGCCUUGGCUUUGGAGAAGCAAGCUCUUCACCUGGUGCUGGAGACGGCAUCAUUUUUAUUAGAACAGGCUGUGUAUCACAAUAUUAAACCAGCAUCCCUGAAGCAGCAGCUUGAAAAUAUUCAUGUUGCCCCGGACCAGGCGGAAGUGUUUUCUCAAGCCUGGGCUACAGCAGGACCUGAUGUAGUAGAGAAGAUCAGACAAAGUAUAUUUGCACCCAAAAAGCUGGAGCAUGUCGGCUGGCAGCUCAACCUUCAGAUGGGCCAGUCGUCACAAGCGAAACUAAAGGUUCCACAUGCAGUUCUGGACCUGGGAGUCAAAGAUGUGGAGAAACCAGAGCAGCUGCAGAAGUUUUUUGUGGAAUUCAGUCAUCAGGAACUUCUGGAGUUCUACAACAAGCUCGAGACGAUUCAGGCCCAGUUGGACUCGCUGACUUGAUACUGGUAGCACCAUCCAUGAGGACGAUGUGAAGUGCACCGGCCACAUUUCUGUUGUAAUAUUGUUUGUAAAUGUUCGUAUGAUUUUUACUUACUUUUCAAUGAAUUCCACAUUAAUCUCUUCAUUUCUCGUUGUCAGCACAAGCUACACAAGCUCUAAAGGUUAAAAUGCUGAUCACGCCAUGGGGUGUGUUCGAAAACUUUGUGAGCUCAGCAUUUCAACUCUUUUUUGCCUGAAUAUCGAGUGAGCAUCCGAUGCUGCCUUAGCGGUGAAGGCAAUUCCAGCAUUCAAUGCGGCACGACUUUUCUCACAGAAAAAUAGAAAACAUGGCUGACGGUUAUUGAUGUUUCAUUUGUAUAGACGUGUACAAGUGUAUUUAUUUGCAAAUUCAGGCUUGUCAGUGAAUGUAACCAUUUUCGGUACACGGAGGGUCACGCGUUGUGCCACCACAUCCCAUUGGUUUGAAUGGCAUGAGGCUAACUGUGUUAGCUUAGCGAAUCGCUGUCUAAGUAGUGCGUUCGAAUAACCUGCCUUAUAAGCCUUAUAUGACUUAUUAGAAUCCUCUCUACUUAGGCAGCUGCCCAUGUAGGCAGUAAGACAGCAAGGCAGCUCACUAGGUUUUCGAACACACCCCAUGUUAGCUAGGAGAUGGUCUGCCAUUGUGGUUCAUGUAGAAAGUCAGCAGUGACAGUAUUAGCUAUGGCUUAAUUGCAGUGUGCCAGUUCACAUGCACUUUAUCAUUCCAAAAUAAAUGAAAAUCCCCAUAUCAGGUCCUAAAUGUAUACCAAUUCAGCCUAUGAACUGACUGCUUACCAUGGUACUACAGUCAGUAUUGUGUAUUUUGUUGUCAGGUUGUUUAUUACUGUAAUAAAUCUUUAUACUGCUUUAUCUCUA